GAUAUCGCAAAUGCGGUAUAGCCUGGGUGUCACUUCACGGUUCUUCACUUGACGGCUGACGCUGCCGCCGUGUCAAAACUGUAGUUUCCUCCCCUAAAUCUGCUAAACUUGUAAAAUCGUUGAAUUGUCAGCUAAAUUUCGUUAAAAUGACGUCGCGGUUGGAGAAAGAGCGAACCAAACAAAUACAAGAAAAAUGUCAAACCCUCUUGACCCAAAUGCUACGCGAUGAAGACAACAAAUACUGUGUUGACUGCGAUGCAAAAGGACCUCGAUGGGCCAGCUGGAAUCUUGGAAUAUUCCUAUGCAUUCGUUGUGCUGGGAUACAUAGAAAUUUAGGAGUCCACAUAAGCAAGGUCAAAUCCGUGAAUUUGGAUACAUGGACACCAGAACAAGUUGUGAGCCUUCAACAGAUGGGCAAUUCGCGUGCUAGAGCAGUAUAUGAGGCGAAUCUUCCUGAUAGUUUCCGAAGACCCCAGACAGAUUCUGGCUUGGAAUGUUUCAUUCGAGCUAAAUAUGAACAUAAGAAACACAUCGCAAAGGAAUGGGUACCACCGCCCUUGCCAAAGAUUAACUGGGACAAAGAACUUGACUUAGAAGCAGAAAGACAACGCAGACGUAAAAAGGAAGGUUCAAAGAAUAGCGGAGCACAGACACCUUUGCCACCGGUUAAAAAACCUGAAACAGUUCCACAGCUCCCAAAGCCUCGCUGUUCCGUCAGCCCUAAGACGGGCAGAGCUCACCCUUCUGCAACUCUGGAUUUGUUGGGACUUGAUGCUCCAUCAAAUCAAAGCAACGCGAAUGGUUCAACUUCUGGGGAAGAUAUCUUUUCUUCAUUCUUGUCAGCACCGCCCGCGCCAGCUUCGCAAUCAUCUAAUGGUGCGGCAAAUGGCGGCGCUGAGGCGACUGCUACCGCCGAAAAAACGGAAGAAGAAAGCUUCUUCAAUCAACCAGCACCCACACCUCAAGAGAAAAGCAAAAUGACAAAGGAUAGUAUCCUGGCACUCUACGCUACACCUAAUCAACAACAGUCUAUGUUUGGAGGUCUUGCAGGUGGUAUGUACGCUCAGCAAACUACGGCGCAACAAUUUCCACCACAGAUGCAAGGAGUACAAGGAUUUCAUCAGCAGGCUAAUUUUCAAAGCCAGGCAAUGGGACCAAUGAACGCCGUCCAAGGACAGCUCGCGAUGCAAGGCCAGAUGGGUGGCCCACCUACUAAUCAGCUGGGAGCUCAAUUAGCCGCAGUUUCGGGGAGUCAUGUUACUGGAAAUAGUAUGCACAUGGGUCAGAUGACUCAAAUGAAUGGCGUACAAAAUCCUGCAAUGGGAUUAAUGGGAAAUCAGAUGGGGGGAGUGAUGCAAAUGGGUCAAAAUAGUUCAAUUAAUGGAUGGAGUGGGAUGUUGGCCAAUCAGAAUCUACAACCAGCGCCAGGCAGUAAUCCUUUCUUCAAUUUACCCAAUCAGCAGCAGCAGAGCACAGCGUUUACUAAUCAGCUACCACAACGGAUGACUCAAAUGACGCUGGGAGCAUCCGGUUUUCCGUCCCCUUCCCCGUCCGGAAAAACAGCUGCUACGACUUUACCUGGGCAAACUCUGUCGAACAACUUAUGGCAGUAACAAAUUUCGCCAUGAGGAUAUAGUUGCAGGUCUGUUCGUUAGAUCAAUGUUGUACGCUAACGUUGGUAGGGCCUAUUUUCAUCGUUAUCGUUGCUUAUGUUAUACCGCACUUAAAAUCCGCGUACGCCGCCGAUACUGAGGUUGAAAACACCGCCACACCGAUAUAUUCUACGGCGUUGAAAAAUGAGCCUAACAAAGGUUUACCACAUGACCAUCACCAGACCAAACAUAAUAAUAGAAUACACAUAAAUAAACUAUUAUCUUUCAACGGAACAACCGAAAAAUUUGUUGUACUAGGGCGAGGAAAACAAACGUGCAUUAUACAUUCAAAGAUAGAAUAGACCCUCUUACAUCCCGUAAAUCGAUUUCGAUAGCGACGGUGUAUGGAUAUUCGACUUGUUUUUUUUCUCUUUCUACUUUGGUCCAUAUGAUCCUCAAUGCAUGUGAUCGUAAGAAAUGCCGUUUUUGGCCAAAAUGCGAAUGCGAAAAGCCCUGGAAUAGGUACUGUUAGCGAACUUUUAUUUUCACAUUUGGUUUAUGUUAAAUACCCGGUGCUUAGUGAUUUUUACAUGCUUUGAGAGAAAUAGCUGCAGACAAUUCUUUACUAAUAGUAAACUGCGCCCGACUGCAAGAAAUUUUCAGUCUAAAUUCGAAUUGCUAACAGUGCAAAACCCACCGCCCAAUCCGCGACCAGGUACCGCAGACUUUGGGAUAAAAUAGAUAUAUUAGAGUAAAUAAUAAUAUUAGGAUGGUCUCCCUGGAGGUCCAAAAGGGGAAUCAAUGAACAAGAAAAUGAAAUAAUAAUUUACAACAAUACAACUAAUUUCACAUUAAGACUGGCUGGAGCAUUACAAAUAGGAACAAGAGUGCCAAAGUCUGAAAGGAGUGUGAAAUUCGCAUUGACUAUUCAUUGCGGAGUAAUCACCGUUCGAGGAGCACUGCACUCUACUUAACACCUUGAACAUUUAACCAUGGCUCUCAUAUGUACCUAUUUUAUCAUGUAGGUAUUUCACUUCAUACAUAAUCUGUGUGAUUAAUCGGUCAACGCUCGCCCAUUGGGCAUUGGCGAGUAACAGCGGUGUACUUUCAUCGCCUGGUGCUCUCAAUUGUAAAUAUAAAUAAGUAUUAAUAGGAACAAAAUCUAAUCAAGGGCUUAUUACUUGCAUGUAAAACGACUUACCGAGCUGGCUAUCACAACCUCUAUAAUAGGAUAUUUUGUGAGUCAUACUAAAGUGGAGCACUUGGUUUUGCUGCAACAAAAUAUCUGAGAAUGAAGUAUGCAUACAGAGUCCAGUAACUAUUGAAUUAUUUGGAAACGAUUCAAAUCGGAAACGUGACGCUGAAUGAGAUUGUGAUGCAAAGCGAAAAUCACCGAUACUUACUUAUUGUCAUCUCGUAUUUGGACCUUAUCGAUAUAAGUAUACACCAAUAAUGGUGAAAAAAAAAAAUCUAACGAUACUAUGUUAUAGACAAUAAUUUCUCUCACAUUUGUGAUCUCCUACACUUUUUCUUGGUGUUACAACUUAUUUUUAACGCCAAAAGGGUAUCCAAGGCAAUCUUUACGGCUCUACAAGUUCGGGGUGGCCGCAGUAUGGAUACAUACACAUAUAAAAGACCGUCCUCCAUGUCUCCAUUGAGCAUAAUUCAUUCACUUAUUAUCUAACAAUAAAAUAUAAAAAAAAAAAAAACAGUCCUGCGAUCUUGUUUAAUUUCUUUCGUCGAUGGUUGAUGAAUUUACAUUUCGUAAUUUACUCGUAUGUGUAUGAAUUGUAUAGCUGUUUUCGGGGCACCCACAUAAACGUACCAGUAGUCGACAAUAUUGGAAAAAAAUCCGGACACUGACCACAUCGAUUAUACGAUAGCUUUUUAUACUUAACGAUAUACACGUAUGUAUUAUAUCAUAAAUCAAUGGCGGAUUACUUCAUCACAUUAUCAAGCAGGAAAAAAUUAACGAUCAAAUGCAAGGAAACAAAUGGUAUGUGGUAUUGAUAAAAACUUUUGAAGAUAAUGCUCGUGUGGUGAUUUGUGACUUGAAGGAGCGAAAUGUAAUAAGUCUGGCUGGAUGGUUUAGAUUUAAUUUUAUUUUUAGUGAAAUACCAAGUAGAAAAUUAUUAAGGUUGAAACUCUACCGUUCCAGCCUCAAACGAGUGCUCUCAAAUAUCAUUACCAGUUUCAUAUUUUCAUAAAACCGAUCAACUUUUUUACCGAUUCAAUUCCUGAAGUAGUUGAUCAAUAGUUCAUGGAGAAAUAAAAAUAUUACAGUAGAAUCUAUCGAUACAACAAAGAAAUUUUUCUUUGCUUAGAAUAAAUUUGACACUCUGUUAUUCGCGUCAAUAACUCAUUCUUCUUCAUAGAAUUUCGAUUUGAACACACGUCCAUAAAUAUUUUUUCAAAUCUCUGAAUUGUUAUUCGAAUCUUUAUCAAAUUAAUAAACGACGAGAGAUAGGCUAAAUGUUAUAUUAGAUUAAAAUUGUUACGCAAUCAUAUUAUAGCCUAGUGUUCAAUAUCAUUAUAAUUAUAAAUAAAUUAUGUACACCAAAUUAUUGCUACAGGUAUUCUGAAUAUGUUGGGAUCGUAUGUUUUAACGUGACACCAUUUUUAUAUUUCAAGUAGUAAAUUAUUGUUUAUAGUAUCAAGUAUAAUAAGUGUUUUACACCACACAUACACACACGAACGUAACGAUAUAGCGAAUAUGUUUAGGAAUGUGAAAAUUCAUAUGAUGUUGAAUCAAUUAGAAUUUAAUUUUUGGAAAUAAGCGUUUAUUGUAUAAAUAGGUAGCAAAAUUCUUCUGGCUAUAUCCUGAAGCGUAGACCUAUUCUGUAAUACAAUAAUACCAUACAGGUAUAUAUUUUUAAGCAAUUCAGAAUAUAUCUAAUUUGGAACGUCGACGAAUAUUCGCUCCAAAAUUAUGCAAAUUCCUGUAAAGAGCGUAUCGUUGACUGCUGAAGAAUACGCGUAUGUGUGUGUGAAAUGCGUGUGGGUAUUAAAUAUUGUGUAUAUGAUACUAUACGAAUUGGUGUUCACAAAAGAUUAAAAUAUACAUGUUAAUCUCAA